GCUCAGCCCAGGGCGGGCAGGGACGGAGGGAUUGGGACAGAUUCUGGGAGUGCGGCGGGGAGGAGCCCUGGCUGGGCUGAGCGGGGAUCUGCUGAGCAGUCAGUGCCAGAGCCCAGGCCCCAGAGCCCUGCUGGAGAGGAGGUGGACCCAGGAGGCAGGCCCCCCGUCCCCGAGUGGAACUGACGCUGUGAGAUGGCCGACUGCUACACAGAGCUGGAGAAGGCCGUCGUUGUCCUGGUGGACAACUUCUACAAAUACGUGUCGAGGCACAGCCUGGUCAAGAACAAGAUCAGCAAGAGCAGCUUCCGCAAGAUGCUCCAGAGAGAGCUCAACCACAUGCUGACGGACACAGCGAACCGGAAGGCCGCUGACAAACUCAUUCAGGACCUGGAUGCCAACCACGACGGGCGCAUCAGCUUUGAUGAGUACUGGACCUUGAUAGGCGGCAUCACGAGCCCCAUGGCCAACCUCAUCCGCCAGCAGGAGUGCCAGCAGGAACAGCAGCCGGGCAGCAGCAGCUAGAGAGCCCUUCUCAUACCCCUUCCAGGCCCCAGCCCCGCCUCAGCCUCCUCAGGCCCUCCUGGCCCCUCUCCUACCUUCUCCCUUCAGACCGUCUCCUACCCUCGAGGACCGGCACAGGGGUCCAUGUCAGGGCCCCUCUGGGAGCGUCGCAGCGCCAGGAGCGCUUCCCUUGUAAUCUCUGCUCCCUGGAGCCGGCAGGUGCUGGGGACCCUCUGUGAGCCCUAAGAGGUUUUUCACUUGCGCAGUCUGUUCACCCUGCCGGUGCCUGCUGCUACGGUCUGAUUCUGGGUCUUGUCCUAAUCUUGGGAGGUCAGCUCUCUGCUUGAGGUCCCCCACCCCCUGCUGUGGCCUUAGGUGGCUGUGGAGGUGGCAACAGCAGCGGCUGUUGGGGUGGGGGGGGGAAGCGCUGCCGGGGUCUCCCCCUUGAGCUGCCUCUCUCUGGGAAUGAGCUAAACUGGGCUGAGCCUCCUCGCUGUGGUCAGCCGCUGAAAUGCUGGCAAUAAAGGCUGGAUUUGGAGUUCGUAGCCCUUCAA